AUGUUAGCGACCACGACAGUGAGUUUGUCAUUAAGUGUAGACAUUUCCUCAUCCAGAUUUCUUAGUGAAGAACUCCAAUGGGCAAUUUUUCGGAUACUUCGCUUUGUGAUUAUUCCGUUUAUCAGCGUGUUGGGAAUAUCGGGGAAUGUGACCAGCAUUGUCAUACUGACUCGACAGGGAUUCCGGAAAUGUUACAAUAUACUUCUCUUGUCUUUGGCUAUCUCUGAUAUUUUACUUUUGAUUGGUGUCAACAACGUUGUUUUUUUUAUAUACACGUUCAGAUAUUUUGUUAACUUCUCUAAAAGUAUCAGUUACAUGUGUUAUAUAGUGUACACGACAAUUGACUAUGCUUAUAUUGCUGGAGUGCUGUCGGCAUACCUUAUUCCUGUUCUAAUUACAGGGGAACGUAUGUUGUCCAUACUUUGCCCAUUGACUGCGCAUUUAUUCUUAACUCCCAGGCGUACAGCAAUGUUUAUGUCUUGCGUUUUGUGUGUGACUGCAACCUAUUGUUUAUAUCAUCAAAUGUUGAGUCCACCGUUAAAGAACGAUACAUAUGUCAUAAAUGGAGUUACUACAGCCUUAAGUGUCAGAAGUGAUUUGUGUAGAAAUCACAUUAGAAGCGGUCUGUUUCAGCUGUUAGCGAACAUGUUUAAUUACCUGACAGGAAUAGUAGCACUUGCUUUGAAUAUGGUAGGCUGUGUUGUUAUUGGACUCAAGAUCUUACACGUAACCAAAAGACGCCGACAGCUUACCUCCAAAGCCAACGCCAACACUAAACGCGGCAUUACGAAGACAACUAAAACAUUACUAAAGAUUUGUUUCCUGUAUAUUUUGUGUUAUAGUUCUGCGUUUGGGCUGGCGUACAAUGUAGAGAAUGGACAACUACAAUGGUCAGUUAUACGUGUGACAGUAUGUGUUCAUAACCUGAUAGUGUGUAUAAACUGUCUUGGAGACUUUAUUAUUUACAUCGCAUCUAAUACAACUUUCUUGACGUCGAUUGUAGUGUGUCGAAGAAUGAAAACAUAA